GUCAUCAAAGAACUCCUGUGGUCUACGCUACAGCAGCUGCACCUACUGUACUCCUUGAGACUAUCGGCGCUUGCGGAGACCGGACAUGUUUCUUCCCUGGAUUAUUUUCUAGAACUCUUCGGUGCUCCUCCUUCUCACUGUCGGCUGCCCACCCUCUGCGCCACGAUGACGAACGAUGGAACGAUGGACGAAAUGCGAGAAUUCGACGACAAUCAAGCCGAAACUUCGACCAGGGAAAAGAGACGGAAUUUGAUAGCUUUCUGGCUCUUAGGGCUCUGUAACAACUUCGGAUAUGUUGUCAUGUUAUCAGCGGCCGGACACAUAUUGGGGGAAGGCUCAGGCUCGAAGGACGGCAAGUGCAAACCCUCAUCGGCUGGGAAUGUGCUGCUAGCCAAUAUUCUUCCAGCGUUGAUAAUCAAGAUUAUCGGACCUUUCAUCAAUUUGAAAAUACACCUGCAAGUUCUCUUGGUUGUUAUCGUCGACGUCGCGAGUUUCGUUUUGACGUCGUCAACGAACCCGGAUGUCAAAUGGAUAGGCUACAGUGGAGUUGUAGCUGGAUCUAUUGGGAGUGGACUCGGUGAAAUCGCCUUCUUGAAGUAUUCAUCUCACUACCAAACGAAUGUUGUGUCAGCAUGGUCGUCCGGUACAGGAAUGGCAGGGGUCGCUGGCGCAGGAGCCUACGCGUUGAUGAUAUUGAAAUUGAGCGAUGAGCUCACUCUCAGGUUGAUGAUAGCGAUCCCGAUUCUGUUGGCUGUUUCUUUUUGGGUGAUCCUCGAACAUCCUCGGGAGCCCAGCAGCGAGUCCCAUGAGAACAUCGCCGAAUCUUCCAGCGUGUGCUGCGUUCCCAGUUCAACGCAAUCUGGUCCCACAUUGUCUUUUUCGCAAAAACUCAAACUGAUGCAGCCGUUAUUGAAGUACAUGAUCCCGCUCGGAUUGGUGUACUUCGCAGAAUAUUUCAUCAAUCAGGGACUGACCGAUAUCAUAACGUUCAACAUCUACACGCCGAAUACCCAGUACACUUGGUACCAAACGUGCUAUCAAGUUGGCGUUUUCAUAUCUCGAUCAUCUGUGAAUAUUGUUCACAUACGGCAUCUGUGGAUAAUGCCGAUUCUCCAGAUCAUCAACGCCGUCUUCUUCACGUUCGAAGCAUUCUUCAGCUUUAUACCCUCGUUCUGGAUUGUAGUCGUGUUGAUCGUGUACGAAGGAUUGCUCGGAGGAGCGAGUUAUGUCAACACAUUUUACAAGCUUUCCCAAGACGUGGCACCUCAAUACAAGGAAUUCUCGAUGGGGGUCACGUCGCUCGCGGACUCGACAGGAAUUACUCUUGCCGCCUUUGCCGCUAUCGGAGCGCACAACUUGAUCUGCGAUCAUCGAUAUCCGAGAUCUCACUAGAUUUCCGCUAAUAUUGUAGGUGUCGAUCGGAACCAGUCAUGCUUUCGCGAGAUCGGAUAGUAUCCCAAAGAACAGACGCUUUACCUUUUUAG